AUGAGUACGAGUACUACCAAUCGUAAAGACUUGGUUCGUAAGCUUCUCAAGGGUAUUGAAACGGGAGACCCUGAAUCUGCCGCAGUUGUGAACGAAGAGAAGUAUAUUCAGCAUAAUCCUCAGACACGUGAAGGAGGAGAAGGACUCGCCCAGCUCUUCAAACGAAUUUCCAAAUCCAAUCCCAAGGUGAACCUUGUACGAGCAUUCCAGGAUGGUGAUUUCGUAUUCGGUCACACAGAGUACGACUUCUCCACGCGUCGGAUUGGAUUUGAGGUGUUUCGGUUUGAAGGAAACCAGGCUGUUGAGCAUUGGGACAACAUUCAACCCCGCCAGCCGAAGAAUGAGUUGGGCUUGGAAAUGGUUGACGGCCCAAAGCAAGCAUGUGAUCUGGAUAAAACAGAAGCCAAUCGGAAGUUUGUACGGGACUUUGCACAGAUUGUCUUUGUUGAUGGCAAUCUCGACAAGAUUGGCGAUUUUGUUUCGAGCGACAGUUUUACACAAUACAGUCCGUACAUCCCGGCUGUUGGUGGUUCCGAAGGCAUUACACAGUGGUUAGACGGUGGAAAAGUCAAAUAUACUAGAAUCCACCGUGUUUUGACAGAGGGAAGCUUCUGUCUAGUGGUCUCUGAGGGUACACUCAAUGAUGUUCACACAAGCUUUUAUGAUCUCUACCGAGUCUCUGAAGGAAAAAUAACAGAGCAUUGGGACACGAUCGAGUCUGUUCCACCUAAAAGUGAAUGGAAAAACAAUAACGGCAAGUUCUAG